AUGGUACGCACGCCAGGCAGUGACGAUCAGUCGCAGCAGCAGGGAGGAGAGGGGCAGAAUGGCGGGGUAACAACAGAGGGGCAAAGCCAGCCACAGCAUGUGGGGCAGCGUGAGAGUGAAACGGUAUCCUUGCCACAUCCGACGGACAGCUUGCAACCGACGGACAGCUGGCAGCAUGCAGAGAGUUGGCAGGAGGCGGAUGGGUGGGAGGAGGUGGUGCUGCUGCUGGACCUACUGUCUCUCCCGCCCUGCCUGUACGCCCCCCCUCUCCGUGCCAUGAUGCGCGCGCCUCACACCCUCAAGCUCGGCUUUGCCUUCUCAGACGACCUCGAGUUCCUCCACCAAUCCCUCCCUUUAUACCACCGCUCCCUUUCCUCACACCACCACUCCCACUCUCCUGACCACCAGUCGCUUCACCCAGACCACCACUCCCUCCACUCUCAAGUUAAUCCCUCCCUUCUCCCAGACCAGCACCGCUCCCCCCAUUCAGAGCACGAGCACCCCUCACAGGGCCAGGACUGCUUCCACCACGUGGCACCCUUCAUAGACAUCGGCACGGCCUACCACGCCAUCCGCCGCACGCGCCUGCACCUCAAGCGCGACAACCUGCUCUCGCUCCUCACCGCCGCCGCCCCUCCCGGCUCCCUCGCCGCCAGAUCAGUGCUGCCGCCCGCGUCAGGGCUGUCAGCACUGGCGCAGGUGCUGCUGGGAGCGCCACUGGAUAAGGAGUUGCAGUGCAGUGACUGGGAGCACCGGCCGCUGUCACGCCACCAGCUGCACUAUGCUGCUGCUGAUGCCCUCUGCCUGAUUCACAUGGCGCUCGCGCUUCUCCCACUCGCUCCGCGCCCCCACGCCCUCUCUGCCCAUGCUCUUUCCCCCCAUGCCCUUUCCGCCCAUGCCCUUUCCGCAAAUGGAAAAGAUCAGGGAGGUGAUGGGCAGGCGCGGUUCCUGUGUGAUUCCAUGGUGGAGGGGCUGGCACGGCAGCUGCGCUGUGUGGGCGUUGACACCGCCUCUCCCAAGAGUCUCGGGCGAGACACGUGUGACACCAGGAAGCUGAUAGAGUGGGCAGAGAGGGAGGGUCGUGUGCUUCUAACGAGGGACGUGAAGCUCUUCCGGCGCCGCCUGCUGCCGCCCACCCACAUGCACCUUAUUAGAAGCACCGACAAGCGCGAGCAGCUCCGCGAGGUGGUAACCGCGUUCCGCCUGCUCCUGUGCGAGUCCUCCCUGCUCUCGCGCUGCAUCCGCUGCAACGGCACCUUCAAGCCGCAGGCGCUGGGGCCCUCAGAGGCAGCAGCGGCGGCGCCGUGGACACAGGUGGUGCCGAGUCACGUGUUGGAUCGCGUAGCGGAGUUCUGGCAGUGCUGCCAGUGCCAGCACCUCUACUGGGAGGGCUGCCAGUUUGAUCGCGCCAUCAAGCAAUUCACAGAGGUGUGCCAGCUGUCAGCUGCGCUGGCACAGACGAAUGUUUCAGCCAGCAGUUGA